UAGCUCGGUCGCUACCGAGCAAGGUAGCUUACCAAAGUCUGGCCACAGCAGGCGUGCGUAAUUUCCUCGCUAUGGAUUACAAGAGACUCCCCACCUUCAUAUGCGCGUCUCUGUUUCUCCAUGUGGGAUUUCUCGGGGUUGCUGGGCAGUACAGUGACCGGGGAAUGUCUGUUCCCGAGCAUGGGUUCUGUCAGCCGAUCUCUAUCCCACUUUGUACUGACAUUGCGUACAACGAGACGAUUAUGCCCAACUUGCUGGGGCACACAAACCAAGAGGAUGCGGGGCUCGAAGUACACCAGUUUUAUCCGCUCGUUAAAGUGCAGUGUUCCCCCGACUUGAAGUUUUUCCUGUGCUCCAUGUACGCGCCGGUGUGCACGAUGCUGGAGCAGGCGCUCCCCCCGUGCAGGUCGCUGUGCGAGAGAGCGCGGCAGGGCUGCGAGGCGCUCAUGAACAAGUUCGGCUUCCAGUGGCCCGACAGCCUGGCGUGCGAGGCUUUCCCCGUGCACGGUGCCGGCGAGCUGUGUGUGGGACAGAAUGUGUCCGAUAAGAGCAACCCCGUCCAUCCGACCCCACGUGUCACGGAGCCCACUUACGAUCACCGGAACGUCAAAGGACAUUUCAAGUGUCCGGCUUCUCUGAGAGUGCCGUCUUACCUGAAUUAUCGUUUCCUUGGACAGGAGGACUGCGGAGCGCCGUGUGAGCCCAAGAAGUCUCAUGGGAUGAUGUACUUCACUGAGGAAGAGCUGAAAUUCGCCAGAAUUUGGAUAGGGAUCUGGUCGGUGUUGUGUUGUGCUUCCACCUUAUUCACAGUAUUAACCUAUCUUGUGGAUAUGAAGCGCUUUAGUUACCCAGAGCGCCCGAUUAUUUUUCUAUCUGGCUGUUACACCAUGGUCUCCAUUGCUUAUAUUGCUGGAUUUCUCCUGGAGGACAAGGUGAUUUGCAAUGACAGGUUUGACAACGACAUAAGGACUGUUGUCCAAGGCACCAAGAAGGAAGGCUGCACUAUUCUCUUCAUGAUGCUGUACUUUUUCAGCAUGGCGAGCUCUAUCUGGUGGGUCAUCCUGGCUCUCACCUGGUUUCUUGCAGCGGGCAUGAAAUGGGGGCAUGAGGCUAUUGAGGCUAAUUCCCAAUAUUUUCAUCUGGCAGCAUGGUCCGUGCCUGCCAUCAAGACCAUUACCAUCUUGGCAGUGGGGCAGGUGGAUGGAGAUGUGUUGAGUGGUGUGUGCUUUGUGGGCAUAAACAGCGUGGAUGCCCUGCGUGGUUUUGUGCUGGCACCACUUUUUGUCUAUCUGUUCAUUGGCACCUCCUUCCUGCUUGCAGGUUUUGUGUCCCUAUUUCGCAUUCGUACUAUUAUGAAGCACGAUGGCACUAAAACGGAGAAGCUUGAGAAGCUCAUGGUGCGCAUUGGUAUCUUCAGCGUCCUCUACACUGUGCCAGCCACCAUUGUCGUUGCGUGCUACUUCUAUGAGCAGGCUUUUCGAGAAUAUUGGGAGAGGACAUGGAUCAGCCAGACCUGCAAGACCUAUGCCGUGCCUUGUCCUGUCCACAACCACCCGACUAUGAGCCCUGACUUCACAGUCUUUAUGAUAAAAUACUUGAUGAUGCUCAUUGUGGGCAUCACCUCUGGCUUUUGGAUCUGGUCUGGAAAGACUCUCAACUCCUGGAGGAGGUUUUACACAAGACUGGCCAACAGUAAACAGGGUGAGACCACGGUGUGA